AUGCAUCUCAACGCCGCCCUCGCCAUCCUCGCAGCCUCUGGGCUUGCCUUGGCCAGCCCGGCUACGGACAAGAUCCAGAUUGACCCUGCGCUCCGGCUGAUCAAGACGUCCGAGACCGACCCCGGUACCUGGGUCACAGACGAGCAGAAGAUCGAGAACUACGUCAACAAGAACAUCGGCUUCAUUGAUAUCACUGAUAUCACUGACCCCGAGGUCUUGACCGCGCUCUCCACCCCGCCCGAGGCCGAAAUCGCCGCGAGACAGUCUGUCACGUAUCCCACCACUCUGUCCCACGUCACCGAGGCGAACUCCUUGAUCUCUUCGGUUUCCAACACCGGACCUCAGUCUUGGCUCAAGACGUUGACCGACUUCUACAACCGCUACUACCGCUCGACUUACGGCACGCAGUCGGCGACAUGGUUGUUCAACCAGGUCAAGACCAUUGCUGCUGCCAACUCGGCGAUCACGGUCUCGCAGUUCACCCACUCGUUCAGCCAGCCCUCCAUCAUCGCCAAGAUCCCGGGAACCAGCACGAACCUCGUGAUUGUCAGCGCCCACUUCGACUCCACCGGUGGCUCAUCCACUGCUCGCGGACCUGGCGCCGACGAUAACGGCUCCGGCGUCGUCGUCAUCCUCGAGGCCCUGCGCGUCCUCGCAAACGCUGGCUUUAAGCCCAAGAACACCCUGGAGUUCCACUUCUAUGCCGGCGAGGAGGGCGGCCUUCUCGGAUCGGCUGCCGUCUUUGCCAACUACAAGUCUGCUGCUAAGAAGGUGCUUGCUGUUGUUAACCAGGAUAUGGCCGGCUACUCGCCUUCCGGCAAGGUCUCCGUUUACAACGACUACGUCGAUGCCUCUUUGACUUCCUACGUCCGCCUUGUCGCAACCCAGUACACCGGCAGCACGCCCACCAGCGACACCUGCGGAUACGGAUGCUCCGACCAUGCCAGUGCCCGAUCCAACGGAUUCCCUGCCGCCUACGUCUGCGAUGAGCCCAUUGACACAUCAAGCCCUUACAUCCACAGCCCCAACGACUCCUACGACACUAUCCAGUGGCCCGCCAUCCUGCGCCACUCCAAGUUCACCGUUGGUUUCUUGGUGGAGGCUUCUUAUCUGUAA